AUGUUUUCUCGAGCAAUUUUCCUCAACAAUAAAUCAUUCAAUAAUACCUAUAUAAUUAAUCGUUCUUUAAAGUGUAUUACCAAUUCAUUAUACAUUUCAAAAAGAGUAUUUCGACCCUAUGUAAAUUAUGAUAAUUGGAUAUCAUUACAGAAAAGAAAUCAAUCAUCGUUGUCGAAUUCGCAGAAUAUUAAAUAUGUAGACUUAUCAAAAUUUCCAGCCGAAAAUAUUAGAAAUUUUAGUAUUAUUGCUCAUGUAGAUCAUGGUAAAAGUACAUUAGCAGAUAGACUAUUAGAACUCACAGGUACAAUUUCUUCCAAUCAUUCACAUCAACAGGUGCUGGAUAAGCUUAACGUCGAACGAGAAAGAGGAAUUACAGUAAAGGCUCAGGCAUACAAAGAUUAUUUACUUAAUUUAAUUGAUACACCGGGACAUGUUGAUUUUAAUUAUGAAGUAUCACGAUCACUUGUUGCGUGUCAGGGAACGAUAUUAUUAGUAGAUGCAUCACAAGGAAUUCAAGCCCAGACUGUUGCUAAUUUUUUUUUGGCAUUUAAUGAAGGAUUAACCAUCAUACCUGUUAUAAAUAAAAUUGACCUUCCGGCUGCUGAACCCGAUCGUGUCAUAAAUCAAAUUGAGUCCACGUUUGAAUUGGAUACUUCGGAUAUUUCACUGAUUUCAGCUAAAUCUGGAAUCGGCGUUGAUAAAAUUUUACCAACUGUAAUUGAAAAGAUACCUCCUCCUAGUGGAAAUGUAAAUAAGCCUUUGAAAGCCUUUCUUUUUGAUUCAUGGUAUGACACAUAUGUUGGUGUCGUUUGCUUAAUGGAAAUAGUUGAUGGAAAGUUACAAAAAGGAGAUAAGAUUAUGUCGGCAUAUUCAGAAAAAAUGUAUGAAGUUAUUGAUAUUGGGAUUAUGCAUCCUGAACAAUUUACGACAGGAUAUUUGCACGCUGGACAAGUGGGGUAUGUUAUCUGUAGUAUGAAAGUUGCAGCUGAAGCUCAUGUUGGUGAUACGUUUUAUCAUAUUAAAAAUCCGGUGGAUCCUUUACCAGGAUUUGAACCAGCAAAAUCCAUGGUAUUUGCUGGUGUAUUUCCUAUAGAUACAAACGAAUUCAAUAGAUUAGAUGAAUCAAUUACUAAAUUAACUUUGAAUGAUGCAAGCGUUUCUUUACAAAGAGAAACCAGUAUGGCAUUGGGACAAGGUUGGCGAAUCGGAUUUCUGGGAACAUUACAUAUGGACGUAUUUAAACAAAGGCUAGAAGAGCCAACUGUACCUUAUAGGAUUAUUUAUCGCGAUGGGACGUCAAAAUUAAUUCGCAAUCCAACCGAAUUCCCCGAACCAAUGGAAUUGCAGAAUAAAUUAUCUGAAUUGCAAGAGCCAAUAAUUUUGGCUACUAUUAUAUUACCAGAGGAAUACAUGGGAUCAAUUAUUGAUUUAUGUGGGUCUCGUAGAGGAGAACAAUUAGAGUAUACUUAUAUGGAUGAGUCACGCGUUAUUAUGAAAUAUAGCAUACCACUCGCAGAAAUAGUGACAGAUUUUCAUGAUGAAUUAAAAUCAAGAUCUAGUGGAUAUGCCAGUUUUGAUUAUGAAGACAUGGGUUAUCAGACAUCAGACAUUGUUAAGAUGAAUGUGUUGAUUAAUAAAAGACCAAUAGAUGCAUUAGCGACAAUUUUACAUAGAUCUCAAGUUGCGAAUGUUGGAAGAGAAUGGACAAAGAAAUUAAGUGAAGUCAUACCAAAACAAUUGUAUGAAGUCAUAAUACAAACUACCAUUGGUGGAAAAGUUAUUGCUAGAGAAACAAUACCUGCUAUGCGAAAAAAUGUUACUGCGAAAUGCUACGGGGGAGACGUAACUCGAAACAUAGAAUUGCCUCAAAAAGCAUUUUAUGAUUUCUUAUCCAAAGGUUCUGGCAAUUCCAAAAAGAAAUAA